UUGGCGGGCUGGAGCUGGAGCUGGAGGCAGCAAUGGCGGGCGGUGGUGGGGGGCGGCUGCAGUCUCCGCCCUGCAAGGUGCUGUCCGAGCAGCUGCGAGCGGCCGCUACACGGACCGGGCUGCCGGCCGCUUGGCUGCUGCAUCGGGCCGGCGACGGUGACGGUGACAGUGACAGGGCCCCGCUGGACGUGAGCGUGGUGUGGAUGCAGGGGACGGUGCUGGAUGUGCGGCCCGAGCACAACACCAGCCUACAGCUCCUCGACGAGACGGGCACCUUCACCGUGGUCGGUGCGGGCGGCGUCCCGCAUGGCAGGCCCUGCACAAACCGAGGAAACUACGUGAUGGUGAUGGGGGUGGUCCAGUCAUGCAGACCUGAGCCUGUUGUGCGUGCUGUCAAGGUGACAGAUCUCUCUGGUAAUCCUUUGCAUAAGAGCAUGUGGAAACUUGAAGUGGAGGACCUCCAGCAAAAUAUGUCAUAGAUUUAUCCAAAAAGGAGCCCUCUGUUCGAUUUAAUAUCAAUUUGAAAUGCAAAGUAACGUGAUCUGGAUGCAAACAGAAUGAGAACAUGACGUCUUUGAGAAGCUUCUGAAAUGCUUGGAAGCAAUCGUGCCACAAAGGACAGGAGUUGCAAAACAUCAAAUCAUUUGGUUCAUGAACUGAUUUAUUAUCAUCCUGGGAAGAACUUUUUUUUUUUUUUUAAUCCUGGGAUCCAGUUGUAUAAUAAUUAAUGACAAGGGAAACAUCAUUAGGAACUCUGGGAAGUGUGGCAAUUGGGAACUUUCAUAAUGAAAUGAGAAGAGGAAGAACAGUUGAACAUGUUAUUACAAUGACCUGGAUUCCUGGCACUGAUUUGCUACUGCAGACUUCUUUGGUGUUUAUUCUCUUUUAUGUGAUGUCAACUGUUUAAUGUCAAUUUUCAGAGCUUUUUUUUAACUCAUAAGGAGAAAAACAACCAUGACUGCACUGGUUAAAGGUUGCGGCCUCAUUGCUGAAGGUUUCCAGGAAACCAGUCUGAGUUGGGGUAAUUAAUGUCCAUUGUGUAAAGCAUCAAUAGUGUUAAUAAUGUUAUAAAAUGUAUGUAACAUUAUCACUUUACUCUUUACUUAUUUAUUUUUUUCACAGUUUAAAAUAUCAUAUUCAAUUUCAGACCAGGUGAAUAUGUUGUUACCUUAAUAAAAUUGUAAAGCUAUAUAUAAAAGAAAUCAAUGUUAAACUGGACUGUUUCAUGGGACAAAAUAAAAUGAGCUGCAUUAUUGAAUA